AGUCCCCAACACCCGACCUUUAUUAUCUUUUCCCUCCCCAACUUCCAUCUUGUCUUACUCUGCUCCUUCAGAUCCUCUCGAUACCCCUUGUCUUACUGUUCGUGAUUUGCGUUGUUUCAUCUUUCAAUCGUCAUCCUUCCGACCUGUCCCGCCAUCACAAGGACCCCCAGUUGACCGUUGAAUUUUUGGCCACCUUACGCCCGAGGCCCGCCAUCUGUUUCGCCCUGAAACUUUCGCUCUUCAUCCUUACAAAACCAACCAUCUUCUGUCCAAACCACCAUCAAUCGUAAUCGCCAUCAUGUCUUUCUCCAGCCUUGUUCAGGACUUGAGCCUUCGCGACUCCAAUGGCGCUCGCCGCCCUCAGAUCCCCGGCCCCCGCUCAUCCGUCUCGACUCUCGAUGACCGAGCUUCACACGUCUCGCGUGCUAUGUCCUACACCAGCACUGCUGCCACCAGCGUUAGCAUUUCCGGCGAUAUUUCAAGCCAGCUUCAUGGUGGUUACUUCCACCCUCUGGCCCGGUCAUGGCAGGCCGAGCGCCAACUCACAAAGUCCAUGCUCAUCUACCCUCUCUUCGUCACCGACGGCGAAGGCGACAUGAUUCUCGUCCCUUCUCUACCCGGCCAGCACCAGCUCAGCUGUGACAAGCUGAUUCCCUUCCUCGAGCCCCUCGUUCAUAAGGGCCUCCGCUCUGUUAUGCUCUUUGGUGUCCCCAUGCAAACUGGUACAAAGGACGCUCUGGGUACCGCCGCUGACGACCCCGAAGGACCUGUCAUCAAGGCCAUUCAAAUCAUUCGCCGCCGUUUCCCUCAGCUCUUCAUCUGCUGUGAUGUCUGUCUUUGCGAGUACACUUCUCAUGGCCACUGCGGUAUUCUCCGUGAUGAUGGCAGUCUGAACAACCAGUUGUCUGUCGACCGUAUCUCUGAUGUCGCCAUCGCUUAUGCUAAGGCUGGUGCUCACUGCGUAGCUCCUUCAGACAUGAACGACGGCCGCAUUCGCGCCAUCAAGCUUAAACUAAUUGAGGAGGGAAUUGCCCACAAGACCGUUCUUAUGUCAUACUCAGCCAAGUUCUCAGGCUGCUUGUAUGGCCCCUUCCGAGAUGCCGCCGGCUCAGCACCUUCAUUUGGUGACCGCAAGUGCUACCAGCUUCCUCCCGGUGGUCGUGGCCUCGCACGACGUGCCAUCGUGCGAGAUAUCAAUGAGGGAGCCGAUAUUAUUAUGGUGAAGCCUGCUAGUCAGUAUCUCGACAUUAUCAGUGAUGCCAAGGAUCUGGGUAAAGAUCUUCCCGUGGCUGCAUACCAGGUCAGUGGUGAGUAUGCUAUGAUACAUGCCGGAGCCAAGGCUGGAGUCUUCGAUCUCAAGGCAAUGGCUUUCGAGUCAACAGAAGGCAUUCUUCGAGCUGGCGCUACUAUUGUGGUCAGCUACUUCACCCCUGACUUCCUCGACUGGCUCGAAAACUAGGGAUUGCAAAUUCUACAUGUGAUACAAUGAGAUUUAUCUUAGGGCGUUGGCAGGUGUUUUGGACGAAAAUGUGGGCGUUUCAUAAAUCAAGGAAGGGAACAGGGGAUUUGAUUAUAUCACAUCAAAAGGGACUAUACGAAUGGAAUCAAGAAGCGCUCGCUAAUGAAAGACAAUAUACAUACGAACUUGGUGUUAAAUCCAAUUGACUUGAUGUCACUG